AUGAGUGAAACGCUGUCAAUAAAGGAAGAUGAAGUAGAGGUUCCUUAUCCAACUUCUCCUGCUCCAUUCGGAAAAGCCGUUGUUGAAGAUAUUGGAAAUUAUUUAAAUCAUAAGUAGGAUCAGUUUAAUCUUGAAACUUUGGAACCAGUUUGGUUUUUUGGUUAGCAAGAAUCAGAUUUUAACUUUUUUGGGUUUGAUUUAUGA